AAACACUCUUCCAAAAAUGCCAAGUCUCACAUCAGAAUCAACAAAAAUUAACAAUGGGCAACAACAUCAUCCCAUCUCUCUCUUUAACAGUACUUACAUUAAUCUUCAUCUUGCUCUCCAUCAUCUCCACAUCAUCCAAAGCUCAAGUACCAAGUGACCAACAAUUCAAGUAUGUGAAUGAAGGAGAGUUUGGUCCAUACAUCACAGAGUAUGGAGCUGAUUACAGGAUGUUACCUUUGGGUACUUCUCCAUUCCAAAUGGGAUUCUAUAAUACCACACCUGGUGCUUUCUAUUUGGCCCUUCGCAUGGGCACCACAAGGGCUGAGUCUUUAUUCCGUUGGGUUUGGGAGGCUAACCGUGGCUUUCCUGUUGCUGAAAAUGCCACCUUUUCUUUACUUAGUAAUGGUAACCUUGUCCUUGCUGAAGCUGAUGGCAAGCUUGUUUGGUCUUCUCAAACUGCUAAUAAGGGCGUUGUUGGCUUUAAAAUCCUCCCUAAUGGUAAUAUAGUAUUGUACAACCGAAAAGGGCAGUUUAUAUGGCAAAGUUUUGACCACCCAACAGACACACUGCUGGCCGGACAAUCACUCCGUCGCACCGGACCAAAUAAGCUGGUUAGCCGGAGUUCCGCCGUUGAUGGGUCAUUUGGGAAGUACAGCCUUGUACUGGAAUACAGUGGGUUGUCAAUGUACAUGUACAUUGACAACACCAUUCCUUAUUACAACCACUCCACUGAUGAUUACCUCUCCGGAACACCACCACUUAACUCCUUACUGUUCACAACCAGGCCGGAAACUGAUGAAGCCUAUGCCUAUGAAGUCAGCUUGGAUAUUCCAACUGGUGGUAAUAUACUUCUGGCAAGACCCAAGUACAAUGCUACGUUGUCUAUUUUAAGGUUGGAAGUGGAUGGGAACUUGGUUGUUUAUACUUAUUAUGAUCCAGUGGAUUAUAGAGCUUGGGAGAAGACUUUUGCUUUCUUUUCUGAUGAGAUUGGGAGGGUGGAUGGGUGUAGGUUGCCCAGUAAGUGUGGGGUGUUGGGUGUUUGUGAGGAGGAGAUGUGUGUGGCUUGUCCUACAGACAAGGGGUUGAUGGGGUGGAGUAAAAAGUGUGCACCACCAGUGAGUGGAUCUGCAGGUUGUAGUAAUGGUGCUAGUAAUAGUCAUGGGUAUGGUACUUAUUAUUAUAAGGUGGAAGGAGUGGAGAAUUAUUUGACUAUGUAUAAUGAGGGAGAAGGUAAAGUGGGGUUUGAGGAGUGCCAGAAGAGGUGUAGUAAGAUGGAUUGUAAGUGUGAGGGGUUCUUGUUUUGGGAGGAGACUUCACAGUGUUGGUUGGCUCAGGCUAUUGGGACACUUACUAAGGUUUCUAAUGCUAAGCACCUUGCUUACAUUAAGAAGUCUAGCAAGUAAUAAUGGAGUCUGGUUGGAGUGUGUGUUAGUGAUAAGGAUGACAGAAUAAUAAAUGUGUGCAUGUGUGUGAGUGAAAUAAAGUUGCCAGAGAAUAAUAAAUGAGUUCUGCCCCAUCUGAUUGUUUUAUUAUUUUUAUUUUUAUGUAAUUGUUUUGCUUAGAGUGGAUAAAUAUUGUGGUUUUUCUCAUGUGAUUGGUUUAGUUGUAUUUGAUAUACUAAU